CUGCAACCAGUCAGGCAGCACAUACCUCAAUAUGCAGUGUCAUUUUAAUGGAACUCUGUUGAUCAGCAUGCUCCCUCCUCUGCUGGUGACAGAGUUUAUUUUGGGAGUUCUUGGAAAUGGUCUGGCUCUUUGGAUCUUCUGCUUCCACCUGAAGCCAUGGAAGAGCAGCACAGUGCUACUCUUCAACCUGGCAGUGGCUGACUUUCUGCUUAACAUGGCUUUGCCUUUCCGUGCAAGCUACUACAAAUCUGGGAUCAGCUGGAAGUUUGGAGACACAUUCUGCAACAUCUGCCUCUUCAUGUUGGCAAUGAAUCGCAGUGGAAGUGCUUUCUUCUUGAUGGCUAUUGCUGUGGACAGGUACAUGCGUGUAGUGCAUCCCCAUCAUCUCAUCAACUCUCUGAGUGUCUCUAAAGCUGCGUUUGGAGCACUUGCACUGUGGUUGAUCACCAUUUCAAUGACUGCUCAUAUCUUCCGUUUAUCACAUACCAACUCCACCUGUGAGAGCUUCAGUGUCAGUGUUAACAUUACGGACAGUCAAAGUCAAAGUCAAAGUCAAAGUCUGAGUUGGCAUAACUUUGAGUUUCUCUUUUCUUUCUAUGUGCCUCUUUUUGUGAUUCUCUACUGCACAGUCAACAUUAUUAGCCACCUUAAAGGGAGACAGCUUGCUCAGCAAGCAAAGAUUAAAAAGGCUCUGUUCUUCAUCACUGUGGUGGUGGUCCUCUUCAGCAUCUGCUACUUCCCCAGCAACAUCACGCAUCUGGUGAUUUGGAUCAAGAUGCAAAGCACUAAAGACUGUACCGAACGGGAGGAGCUGAACACUGCCUUCUUCAUUACCAUCACCCUGACCUACCUCAACAGCGUGCUGGAUCCUGUGGUCUACUACUUCUCCAGCUCUGUCUUCAAGAACUUCUGCAGGAAAGCUCUUCAUCUGGCCCAAGGCAGCACUGCUGAAAGCACAGAGAAGAAAACUCGAGAAACAGGCUCCCAGUCAAUCAGCCAGCUGUGAUCAUGAGAUGCAGGCAGCCUCAUAUUUAAAUCUGUUAUGUGAGUGCAACAUCCAGCAAGGUGCUAUUUUUGCUUCUCUCAAUCUUAUCCACUAUAUAUUAACAGCAU